AUGGAUGCUGUUUAUGAGACGACAGAGGGUGAUGCAGCUUCUGAUAUGCAGCCGCAGGUUGGAUCAUCAAUUAAUAUCGUUCAUUCUGAUGACAAUGCCAGCAUGAGGACCAUGGCUGAGGACGUAGUCGACGACGAUGUGAUUUUUGAGCCGUGUUAUUCGCGAUCCAAUGGAGUUCGAAGCAGCAGCAGCAGCAGCGCCAUUUAUAGCAAUGGCAAUGGAUGUGGAUGUAUCGGCAGCACAGAAGAAAGACCAAUAGCAGCUGUGGUACAACAUGUAGAAGCUCCAGUAGUUGUAGCAGUGCCAGCAGCAGCAGAAGAAGGUCCAGUAGCAGCUGUGGUACAACAAGUGGAAGCGCCUGUACUUGUAGCAGUACAACCAAUUCAACCCGCACCAGCACAGCCGCUCAAUUCAGGUCGCCCAUUAUGUGCCAUUUGUCUCGAUGAUUUGUUACGAAAUCAUCCAAUGAUGCUUCCUUGUCAUCACGUCUUCUGCAGGGACUGCGUUAAUGAGCUAUACGAGCAAGAUAAUACUAGAUGCCCAUUGUGCCGUGAAUACAUGUACAGCUAUGCAGAUGCUGAGGAAAUUUUCAUUCCAUAA